AGUUCUUGCAAUUGUUUUGGCAGAGUGCGGUUGUCUUGAAUCGGAAAAUGGAGGAGGAAGAGCAUGAGGUGUACGGAGGGGAGAUCCCCGACGUCGGAGAGAUGGAAGGAGACGUCGACAUGUCCGCCGCCGACGAUGACGCUGCCGUCAAGGAGCUGGACGAGAUGAAGCGCCGUCUAAAGGAGAUGGAAGAGGAAGCCGCUGCUCUUCGCGAGAUGCAAGCCAAGGUCGAGAAGGAGAUUGGCUCCGUUCAAGAUCCUGCUAAUGCGGCUGCUUCUCAGGCAAGCAAGGAGGAGGCAGAUUCUCGAUCUGUUUUUGUUGGCAAUGUAUGAACAUCCUAUUUCUUAUCACCAUCAGUUUUUUUAUUUGAACUGUGUGAUGUUUUUAUUAUGAGAACAUCCUAUUUCUCAGUCUGAUUCUCUUCCCUAUCUUCUUUAUGCGUAAGUUAGCAUCUUGAUUCUUACCCUUUUUCAGUUGGAUACAAAAAUAAUUUGUUGUUUUCUAAACAACUUAAUGACAAGGCACGAUUUGGUAAUUAUGACCUAUAUUUAUUAUCUAGAAAUUUUGUAUGCCCAUGUUGAGAAAACCAAACCGGAUUGGUUUGAUUGGUUGAACUGAGAACUGAUUUACUGUGGUUAACUGGUAGUCUGCAAAUUGACUAUAAAACUGCUGAACUGGCUAUAUCCAGUUCAGACUUUUACCUUACCAAAAAAUACCAAAUUUUCUCUUCCAAGGAUUGAACCUAGGACGAUAAUCUUGGGAAUCAUGGACAGUUUUGUCAACCACUACUCCAACAAUUGUUACAAUUAGCCAUGAUAUAUAUACAUAUAUAUUAUGAAGUUAAUUUAAUAUUUUCAAUGAUUUUAAAAAAAAAUUCUGUAAAUAUAACCAUCUCAAUCUCAUCAUAAAAUUUUAAAAACAAGACAUUAUAACCUACUACAAAUUGCAAUUGCUAAACACAGGCAUUUUCAUCACAAUUUGUUAAAUUUAUGCAAAUAGUACAGAAUUGGGUAUGAUAUGAGACUGGAGGUAGUGGCAAUUCAGAGUCUUACUUCAAAUUUGUUCUUCUUUGUCGUCAUCUUAACUAUCCCACAUGGUGCCUACAACUUCCUCACUCAGUAAGUCUUGUAUUUAUUUCCUCAUAAAUAGCUCCAAUUGUUUGUGAUAGCAUACUGAAACCUAGCUUCUGGAACCAUUGUUUACUAACAAUUAUGCUCCAUUUCCCUAUCUUUGGUGGACCUUUAUUUUCUUGAAUAAUUUUUCUAUCAAACAAGGUAUGUUUCUGAAUGAAAUCACAAAAAGUAUGCGCUGAAAAUGGGUCAUCUUUGCAUAAAACCAGGGUAAACAGAGAAAAUUUCUCAUGUAAAGCAUAUGAGCUGCGAUGGCUAUGAUUUUUUGGCCACAGCUGCUAAAAAAUGUGGUGCCGAGUAUUUUCUUUGAUUGAGUGUGUUCCAUUGGGUAUUUUCUUAGGUGCUUCCCAGUGCAUUCUGUUUGUUAUUUUUUCUUUGUGUUUUGUAAUGCUAUAUUGGGAAUGUAGCAGCAACCUAUUGAAGGUUUUUGAAGUUUGGGGAUGUUUUGUACGGAAUAUUUAGCAAAUCAUCCCUUGAUCAUAAUCUAUCCUUUAAAUGAUUUUUUGUAAUUCUUAAAUUUGAAACUUCUUGCACUUGUUUAACACCAGGGAUAAUAUAUGUGUCCUGAUUUAGGGCAUCUAUUCACUGGAUAUGUCCAUCUACUAAUUUGGCCUGGUUUUGAAGCAUUCAAUAAUUCUAUUAGCUGUGUCAAUAAAUUUGAUUGAAUAGGUCCUGAUUUGAAUUCUAUAGAAUAACUUUUUAUUUAAGUGAUAAUUAUAUAAAACUAAAGAGAUUUUAGCCAUUUGAAUCAAGUUCAAACUUUCUUCUUGCAUACGUGCUCCUCUGGAUGCACAUAUUGGAAUAAGAGGUAAAAAUUGAUUGAUAUCAUAUUCAACCAAAUGGGUGAUUUUCUCACCUAUUCUUUGCUAUGACAUAUUUGAAACUGCAUUUUUUUGUUUUGGAGUGAAUCAUGUUAAUACUCAGAGACAGGGUUUGACUUGUGUCUCACUAUGAUCGCAGGGUCAUUCUUAUUACUCAGGUUCUGUAAUUAGCGCUGGGAUGAUUACAUUGUAUUUUGUGGGUUGGCCAAUGUAAUUGGUGUUUUUUAGGCUUGUACUAGAGGGGGAAAGCAGGGUAUGUUGUGCUUAUGAAAAUUUAAUAAGAUAUCACUGGAAGGAAAAUAAUGACAAAAGAUUGAGGAGAAAAAACUUGUUAGUUUCUGAAAAGAAAAAGGAAAAGAAAUGAAAAACAUUAUGCAGAAGGAAAAAUAGAAUCAAGCUGAGAAAAAGGAGAAAGAAAUGAGAAAAGAAAAAAGAAAAAAUAAAAAAUAUGUUGAGGAAACUGUGAGUGGCAUUUGAUGGGGAUGGCUGAAACUGGUACAGCUGGAGGUAGAAUGUGUUAAAGAUGCAUCGACUUCACUGCUGGAGGAGACAGCUUGUGGUUCUUUUGGAAGAACAUUCUGUUGAUUAUGCAUGCACUCCAGAAGAAGUGCAGCAACACUUUCAAUCAUGCGGUACUGUGAACAGGGUCACUAUCUUGACUGACAAGUUUGGCCAGCCUAAAGGUUUUGCUUAUGUGGAAUUUGUUGAAGCUGAAGCUGUUCAAGAGGCUCUCGUGUUGAAUGAAUCUGAAUUGCAUGGCCGUCAAUUGAAGGUUUUGCCUAAGAGGACCAAUGUUCCUGGAAUGAAACAGUAUCGUCCUAGGCGCUUUAAUCCUUACAUGGCAUAUGGCUUCAGGAGGCCAUAUCCUCCUCCUUACUUUUACUCCCAUUAUGGAUAUGGGAAGGUUCCUAGGUUUAGGAGGCCAGGUCGUUACAUGCCGUACUACUAGAAGUUCCAUGCAGAAUGUGUUGAAAAAUAUAACGAUGGGUGCAUCCUGGGCAAUAAUAUUUUUGACUUGGGCAUUGACACUCUUCAUCCUUAUUCUGUACUGUCAUUUGGGAAUAUUUAGUCCAUUUAUCUUUAGGCUGCUUUUGAUCUUGUUAGUUCUUGGAAGAUGGUUUACAAUUGCCAUCGAAUAUUAUGUUAAGUGAAUACUGACUGUACCGCUGCAAGGUCAGCCUUUUUAGUUUAUACUGACCAAUGGCUACAGGCUGGGGUAAAAGUCAUCGGGCCUCUUUCCCUGUGCGGUGGCACCAAAACUUGAUAAAAUCUCAUUUGUUUAAAUUUACAU